UAUGUGCUAAUGACUAGUAAGAGCUAAGUAUAUGAUGGUAGUAGCAUUACCCUUCAUAUAAAAUUGCAGGUUAUUACCUGAUAAAACAGUGAAGAUCUGUCCAAUUAAUCAGAGCUCAAAAGUAAUACCUCAAAACCUGUCAACCCAAGACAGGAUAGGAUCAUAGAAACAAACAUGGCUAUUGAAGUGGGAAAUGGUAAAUGGCAAGGUUCAGUUGGUGGCAUAGUUUGUGCACCUAUUAACAAAGUUUGGACCUUGGUCUCUCAAACUAAAAGACUAGCUGAAUGGAUGCCAAUGGUAGAAAGAUGCACUGCCUUGGCCGGAAACGAAGACGAAGCGGGCUAUGUUCGGCUAGUCUCUGGCUUCAUGUUUCCUCAACAAGAUGGAGAAAGGUCAUGGAUCAAGGAGCGGUUGGUUUCACUGGACUCUUCAUCACAUAGCUAUGUUUACAGAAUGGAAGCAAGCAAUGUAGGCUUAGAUGGAUCUGUAAAUUCACUAAAGCUAGUUGAUUAUGGGGAUGAAUCAACUCUUGUUCACUGGUCCUUUGAGAUAAAUCCUUUAGAAGAUGUAUCUAAGGACAGCAUAGUGGAUUUUCUGGGGUUUCUCUAUAAAUCUUGCAUUAAUAAGAUUGAGGAUGCUAUAGAAGCUGCAUCAAGAAACGUUUCAACAGCUCAGUAAACAUCAUUUUAGUUCAAACCACAAGCUUCUUUGCAAUUCAUAUACAUGUAAAAUGGAUUUUUUCUUCAUCUUUCCUUUCCCCUUUCUUAAUAACAUAAUUAGGAGUUAGUAAUGAUAUUUAGACCCCUUAGAAAAUGAUAUUUAUUAUUUAGACACCUACAAAUACCUUUUUUCUCU